GAAUGUGUCGGUUCGCGGACUCUUAUCAAGGUGCGCUCCCUCGAUCACAUCACGAAUACGAAGUCGAAUGCUGAUAAAACCUUUUGUUACUGGAUUAAUCGCUGGCUAUAAAAGUGCGUCUCACAUCUGGCCAAGAGCCCAGUUACAGAUCUGGACGCGACGCUGCCAGCCGGUUCCAGUGCCAUUUUCGGCGCUUGUGGUUGUCUGAUAAAAACAACACACACACACACACACACAACACACAACAAAUGACAAGUUAUUGAGCUAUUAAAUCGAACUGGAUUGACAGAAAUCACAACAAAAUGCAGUCCGUUAACGUGGAUGAGCUGCCGACGAAUCCGCGCGAGACCGCGAAUCCGUUGUCAUCGCUGAUGUUUUGCUAUACUAUGCCCACAUUUUUCAAGGGACGCAAAAAGACUCUAGAUGAAAAUGAUCUCUAUAAGGCAUUAAACGAACACAAGUCCGAUAAACUUGGCAAGAAGCUCAGCGAUGCCUGGGAGAAGGAGGUGGAGGAGAAGCGCAAAAAGAAGAAAACGCCCAGCUUGUUUAAGGCAACGAUGAGCGUCUUUGGCUGGAACUUUGGCAUACUCGGCUUUGUAUUGUUUAUAGUCGAGAUGGGUUUCCGCGUGACACAGCCUCUGUGCUUGGGCGGGCUGGUGGCCUUCUAUGCGGACCCGGACAAUCAGAAUAGCGAUGACCAGAGCACAGCCAUCCUGUAUGCCGUGGGCGUUAUCUUGUGCAGCGCAUUCAAUGUUAUAUUUAUGCACCCCUACAUGCUCGGCAUGUUCCACACGGGCAUGAAGGUGCGCGUUGCAAUGUGCAGCAUGAUUUAUCGCAAGGCGUUGCGUCUCAGUCGCACAGCGCUGGGCGCCACAACGACCGGCCAGGUGGUUAAUCUUAUAUCGAACGAUGUUGGCCGCCUGGAUGUCUCUGUCAUACACGUCCAUUAUUUAUGGCUGGGCCCGGUGGAGAUCGCCGUGGUCACUUGGCUCAUGUACAGAGAGAUUGGCGUCUCGGCUUUCUUUGGUGUCGCUAUAAUGUUGCUGUUCAUACCGCUGCAAGCCUAUCUGGGAAAGAAGACCUCUACACUGCGUCUGAAAACGGCCUUGCGUACGGAUGAGCGUGUGCGCAUGAUGAAUGAGAUCAUUUCGGGCAUUCAGGUGAUCAAAAUGUACGCCUGGGAGAUACCAUUCAGCAAUAUGAUUAACUAUGUGCGCGGCAAGGAGAUGAAUGCCAUACGUAAAGUGAACUAUAUUCGCGGCACGCUGCAGAGCUUCAUCAUGUAUGUGACGCGUAUUUCGGUGUUUGUCAGCCUGGUGGGCUAUGUGCUGCUGGGACAACUGCUGACUGCGGAGAAGGCUUUUGCCAUUACCGCCUACUAUAAUAUUCUGCGCAAUACAAUGACCAUCUACUUUCCCAUGGGCAUCUCGCAGUUCGCCGAGCUGCUCGUUUCCAUAGGCCGCAUACAAAAGUUUAUGAUGCACGAGGAGACCAAAGUGCGCGACAAGUCGAACGAUCUGAAUGAACAAAAGCUGGGCAAUAAACCGCUUGCCAGCCUGGUAGAGGAGCCAGCGGCGACAGUCACCGGUGUGCUGAAGCCAAACAGUCGCCGGCCCAGCGAGGCUGAGAGCAGCGUGGUCAUCAGCAAGAUGAAGGCCAAGUGGGACUCAAAGUCGACCGAGUACACGCUUGACAAUCUGAGCCUCACGUUCAAGCCGCGGCAGCUAGUGGCUGUCAUUGGACCCGUCGGUGCCGGCAAAUCCAGUUUAAUACAAACCAUUCUCGGGGAGUUGCCGCCCGAAUCGGGCACCGUAAAAGUGAACGGCACCUUGUCGUAUGCAUCGCAGGAGCCGUGGCUCUUCACCGGCACAGUUCGUCAGAAUAUACUGUUUGGUCUGCCCAUGGACAAGAGCCGCUAUCGUCAGGUGGUGAAAAAGUGCGCGCUGGAGCGCGAUUUUGAGCUGCUGCCGUACGGAGACAAGACAAUUGUGGGCGAGCGUGGCGCCUCCUUAUCGGGUGGCCAGAAGGCACGCAUCAGUCUGGCGCGUGCCGUGUACCGCAAGGCAGAUAUCUAUCUGCUGGAUGACCCGCUCAGCGCUGUGGACACCCAUGUGGGCCGUCAUCUAUUCGAUCAGUGCAUGCGUGGCUAUCUGCGGGAUAAUAUUGUACUUCUGGUUACGCAUCAGCUGCAAUUCUUGGAGCAGGCCGAUCUUAUAGUCAUCCUGGACAAGGGCAAGAUCAGUGCCAAGGGUACCUAUGAGUCCAUGUGCAAGAGCGGUCUGGACUUUGCCCAAAUGUUAACCGAUCCCAGCAAGAAAGAUGAGAGCGCCGGCGAUGCGCCCGACAAACGAAAAUUAUCGCAGAUCAGCAAGCGCAGUCGCGCGAACAGUGUCUCAUCCAUGGAAUCUGGCGCCGAAUCUGUGGUCAUGGAGUCACCCAUGCAGACCCAGGAGAACCGCACCGAGGGACGCAUUGGCAUGGGUCUCUAUAAGAAAUACUUUGCUGCCAACGGUUACUUUCUGUUCAUUGUGUUUGCUUUCUUCUGCAUUGGCGCCCAGGUGCUGGGCUCUGGCGGCGACAUGUUCCUGUCCUACUGGGUCAACAAGAACGGGGAAACGAAUACCGAUACCUUUAUGUCACGUCUGCGUCGCUCAUUUAUGCCGAGAAUCAACAGCGAUACCGAUCCCAUCGAUAUAUACUACUUUACGGCCAUUAACGUCUUGGUGAUUGUGUUCUCCCUGGUGCGCAGUGUGCUCUUCUUUUAUCUGGCCUCCAAGAGCUCCACGACGCUGCAUAACAGAAUGUUCCAGGGUGUGACACGUGCGGCGAUGCAUUUCUUCAAUACAAAUCCAUCGGGUCGCAUCUUGAAUCGCUUCUCCAAGGAUCUGGGUCAGGUGGAUGAGAUUUUGCCAUCGGUCAUGAUGGAUGUGAUGCAGAUAUUCCUCUGCAUUCUAGGCAUCAUUGUUGUGCUGUGCAUUGUGAAUGUCUGGUAUCUGUUGGUCACGUUUAUACUGGUCGUUAUCUUCUAUCUGCUGCGCGCCUUCUACCUGACCACGUCCAGAGAUGUCAAGAGAUUGGAGGCGAUAACUCGCUCGCCCAUCUACUCGCAUUUGAGCGCCUCGCUGAAUGGUCUGGCCACGAUACGCGCUUUUGGCGCACAGAAGGAGCUCAUUGCGGAGUUUGAUAAUUUCCAAGAUUUGCACAGCUCUGGCUUUUAUAUGUUCCUGGCGACAAGUCGUGCCUUUGGCUACUGGCUGGAUUUGGUUUGCGUGCUUUAUAUUGCCAUAAUUACACUCAGCUUUUUCCUAUUCUCGCCAGAAAAUGGCGGCGACGUUGGCUUGGCUAUAACACAGGCUAUGGGCAUGACGGGCAUGGUGCAAUGGGGCAUGCGUCAGUCCGCUGAGUUGGAGAACACCAUGACUUCGGUGGAACGUGUCGUUGAAUAUGAGGAUCUUGAGCCGGAGGGCGACUUCGAGUCCAAGCCGAACAAGAAGCCACCCAAGGAUUGGCCCGAUGAGGGUAAAAUUAAAUUCGAAGAUCUGAGCUUGCGUUACUUCCCCGAAAAGGAUGCGGAUUAUGUGCUGCGUUCCCUGAACAUUGCCAUCGAUGCCUGCGAAAAGGUUGGCAUCGUUGGACGCACUGGCGCCGGCAAAUCCUCCCUGAUCAAUGCACUGUUCCGACUGUCCUACAACGAAGGCUCCAUUCUAAUCGAUCGCCGCGACACCAAUGAACUGGGCCUGCACGAUUUGCGCAGCAAGAUUUCCAUUAUACCACAGGAGCCGGUGCUGUUCUCCGGUACCAUGCGUUACAAUCUGGAUCCGUUUGAUGAAUACUCCGACGCGAAACUCUGGGAGUCACUGGAGGAGGUCAAGCUGAAGAAAGUGGUAGCCGACCUGCCCAGCGGACUGAUGAGCAAAAUUUCCGAGGGUGGCACCAACUUUAGCGUGGGUCAGCGCCAGCUGGUGUGCCUGGCGCGUGCUAUUCUGCGCGAGAAUCGCAUUCUGGUCAUGGACGAGGCCACGGCCAAUGUGGAUCCACAGACAGAUGCCCUCAUACAGAACACGAUUAGGAGCAAGUUCAAGGAUUGCACAGUGCUGACAAUUGCGCAUCGUCUACACACAGUCAUGGACUCGGAUAAGGUUUUGGUUAUGGAUGCCGGACGUGCCGUUGAAUUUGCAUCGCCCUUCGAGCUGCUCACCGUCAGCGAGAAAAAGGUAUUCCACAGCAUGGUCAAACAGACGGGCGACGCCACAUUCGAUGCGCUGCUCAAGGUUGCACAAAAGGCGCAUGAGGAUAAUUUGCGCGCGAAAAAAGAUUCUUGACAUUUCGCUGUCCCGAAGGCUUUUAAAGACUACAUACUUAAGAUACUGGAACCAAUUACGAACCACCCGGCUGCCAAUGCGCGCAUACAAAAGACCUUUCUGUUUGCGGAGGCUUCCAAACAGAAACUAUUAGGGUAGCCCAAGAAUAAGUAAAGCAAAAACACACAACAAAACAAGAAAAAAAAAACAAACAAUUAUAGUUAAGCAAAGAAUUUUGGUAACACGCAGAUGUACAAAUCAAAUAUCACUAAAUGUUAGUUGAAUUGAUUAUAGAACUAUAGUACGAGAUGUAUGACAAUAAGCUCAGGUUUGAGCAUGUAAAUCAAAUUGAUAAAAACUAAAAAGGAAAAAAGGAAAAUUCUAGCUCAACCGCGCAAAAUGUACCUUAAAAGGGUCUCAUUGAAAAAUGUAUAAAAUGUGUUCCAUAUCGACAAUAACAAUGACAAAAUGAAAGAAAAAAAAAAACAAAAAAAAAUUACUAUAAACUGUUACGUCUAGUAUUAAUGUGUUUUUAUAGUAAUUUAUUAAUGUACAGGUACACAUAAUAAAUGUAACAAUUUAGGUUUUUA